AUGGCGACUGUCAUUCACAACCCCCUGAAAGCGCUUGGGGACCAGUUCUACAAGGAAGCCAUUGAACACUGCCGGAGUUACAACUCCCGCCUGUGCGCAGAGCGCAGCGUGCGCCUGCCGUUCCUGGACUCGCAGACCGGGGUGGCCCAGAACAACUGCUACAUCUGGAUGGAGAAGAGGCAUCGAGGCCCAGGCCUUGCCCCAGGCCAGCUGUACACAUAUCCUGCCCGCUGCUGGCGUAAGAAGAGACGAUUGCACCCACCUGAGGAUCCGAAACUGCGGCUGCUGGAAAUAAAACCUGAAGUGGAGCUGCCCCUGAAGAAGGAUGGGUUCACCUCAGAAAGCACUACCCUGGAAGCCUUGCUCCGCGGUGAGGGAGUGGAGAAGAAGGUGGAUGCCAGGGAGGAAGAGAACAUCCAGGAAAUACAGAGGGUUUUAGAAAAUGAUGAAAAUGUAGAAGAAGGAAAUGAAGAAGAGGAUUUAGAAGAGGAUAUUCCCAAGCGGAAGAAUCGGACCAGAGGACGGGCCCGUGGCUCCACAGGUGGCAGGAGGAGGCACGACGCCGCCUCGCAGGAAGACCAUGACAAACCUUACGUCUGUGACAUCUGCGGCAAGCGCUACAAGAACCGGCCAGGACUUAGCUACCACUACGCUCACACUCACCUGGCCAGCGAGGAGGGGGAUGAGGCCCAAGACCAGGAGACCCGGUCCCCACCCAACCACAGAAACGAGAACCACAGACCCCAGAAAGGACCAGAUGGGACAGUCAUUCCCAAUAACUACUGUGACUUCUGCUUGGGGGGUUCCAACAUGAACAAGAAGAGUGGGAGGCCGGAGGAGCUGGUAUCCUGUGCAGACUGUGGACGCUCUGGUCACCCCACCUGCCUGCAGUUCACCCUGAACAUGACCGAGGCUGUCAAGACCUACAAGUGGCAGUGCAUAGAAUGCAAGUCCUGCAUCCUCUGUGGGACCUCGGAGAAUGAUGACCAGCUACUCUUCUGCGAUGACUGUGACCGCGGUUACCACAUGUACUGCUUAAAUCCCCCCGUGGCUGAGCCCCCAGAAGGGAGCUGGAGCUGCCACUUAUGCUGGGAACUGCUCAAAGAAAAAGCCUCAGCCUUCGGCUGCCAGGCCUAG